UUUAUGUUUGUGUGUGUGUGUGUGUGUGUGUGUGUGUAUAGCAGGACAGAUGAUUCACACGUGCCACAGGGGAGCUGAGCUGUACACAGGGGCUAUAGAGGACAGAAAACAUUAAUUUUCUUCUCCAUACCUCUGGUAGAGAGGGGUAAUAGUAUGGAUGCAGCCACUGAGGUAGAGACAGUCUUUGUCCCCCUACUUUGUCACUGUUGGGGUGGGUAUAGGAAAAGAGAGGAAAUGGAGGAGGAGGAAACAGCUGCUUUUGAGCAGGGAUAGUUGCAGUAUGAUCUGGACAGUGCUUCCCUGGGCUGCCUCCAAGGCAAAGUGUGUGAUGAGCGAGAGCGAAGAUCGUUGGGCACACAAGGUGCCCUCAGGCUUGAACUGCAUUUUAAAAUAUGGCUGGCACAGGUUUACUGGAUAGAAUUCUCAAAAUCUCCUGCAAAUGUGGCUGCCCUGGCAAAAUAUUGCUGGUACACACUGUUCUCUUCAGGGAGCAGGGCAAUAUCACCCUAACAAAUGUAUCUUUACUGGCAUAAACUUCUGCCCAGCUGGGCAAUGCCACCAGAGCACAUCUUUGUUUUCUGGCUCUUGGCAUGUCCCUAUUCAGCCCAGAUGAGACAUUAAAUAUGAAGUCCUGCUUCCUCCCCACUGUGAGCUGUUCUUGCAGUCAGAUGAGGCACAGGCAAAGGCCCCAGCUGAUGAGGUCCCCUGUGAAGAACAUCUGCUUGGUUGUGAGCAGCUCAGGAGUGCAGAUGGAAAUGUGGGAUGGAAAUGAGGACAAUGGCCUCCCUGCUACCUGUUUCCCUUGGAAGGGUGGAAGAGGCCAGGCAAAAGGCCAAGAACUGCAAAAGUGGGUAGUGUCAUGUUUGGAAAUAAGCCAGGCAGGAAAACCUGAGAGAGGCACUGCAGGAGCCUUUUUGGGACAGAGAAGAGCUUUGUCUUCAGUAUCAGUCUCUAAGUUUUCAUGCACCCCAGAAAAUUUACUUGCCUAUAAUAGUACUGUCAGCUGCCAAAAUUCCCACCAGCAGCAGUCAGGAGUAGACAACAUGACUGAUCACAAAAACCCUCUUCUGUCAGCUGCUAAGGCUCCAUUAGCAAGAAGUAUUGCCCUAACCUUCCCCCCCUGCUCUCAAAAGGGGAAACUGAGGCACAGAUGAACGUGGGCAACUUGCAGUGGACUUCAUUGUACAUCAGUGCUGGAGCCUUUUGAGGAGCUCAUGCACUCAGCAGUGAAUUUCUCCGUCCUCUUCCUGCCCCAGCUGGAAGGCAUGUUCACUCCAUGUUCAUUGAGCUCCAGGCUGACAGGCAGCCUGAGAAUAUCUCCAGGCCUCCCAGCCCCCAUUCCUCCCUUCCCCCCACAGCUCACAGUACAUAUUUUCCCAGAGUUUUCCGCUUGCUUCUCCAGUGGUUCUGGGGUCCUGCCAAACGCCAGCCACUCUCUGGGAAGCGGGGCCUCCCAUUCCUAAACCAAACAAAUGGGAGAAGGGAAACAGGGGAAAAAAAAGGCCCAGCACACACAGACACGCUCAAAACCUUAUUCCCCUCAGAAACCUUGGAGCCUUCUGCAGCUCCUACUGGAAAUUGCAGGAGGCACACCGCUGACUUGGCAUUUCUGACUCCUGCAGAACAGAGGAGUUGUCCAUCCUUCCUUCUGCCUCCCAAAUGUCUGUAUGUGUACACCCCCCCACAUACCCAGGGUAUAAAUACCCAGGUCAGUUUUGGUGCAGGGUAGAAUCUUCUAAUCCUCUUCCCAACAGACUCCACAGUGUGAGAAAAAUCUCCCAUCUCUCCCACCCUGCGUUCUUCUCCCCCCCAAAAUGCCCUUCAUUCCAGCGUUCUGGUGCAGCCACAUUGUGCAUACCCCAAAGGCACAAGCUUGUCAGCUUGGCGCCAAGCUGGGGACAAUGGUCAGAGCCAGGGUUUGUUUCCAGAUCCCCAGUUUUGCUGGCAGGCAGCUCCCAGCAGCCAGGCUCUGCUUCAGACCAGGCACACCCCUCCCAUCCAAAAUGCUCGGCCUGGGACCUAAACAGGGGACAUGACCAGGGGAUGACACGUGCUGGAGCACAAGGCUUGGGGCUCUGCCCAGGCAGAGGGGAUGACCAGAGAGGGAAAAAAACUGAUGCCUCUCCCAGUUGGCAGCUGCUCCUGCUAGAAAUAUCAUGCCUGGGGCAGGAGGCCACAGUGACGUGCAGGAAAAACAAUGCAGGAGAGAAUGAAAGAUGAAGUUUGGGGACUAUGAGUGGGUCAGGCACAGCUGGGGAGAGAGUGUGGCCAAGUGAAGGACUCAAGCAUGGGACAAGGGACUGUCCCAUGUGCCAAAGACUGAGGGCAGAAUCCUGCCGCAUCCUGCCUGAAGGAAAGUCUGUCUCUUGCACCAAUGCACCUUACCUUGUCCAUCCUGAGAUGCCAAGGGUGGCACACUGCCCCGCUGCUGUCCACCCCUUGCACAGGGCACAGUCUGUGCUGACUGCAUUUUUUGCUGGCUGGAAGUGAAAAGGCAGAGAAUAAAACCAAACCAACAACACGUACAAGGAAAAGGCACUUCCUAGGAAAGAGUUAAAAAGACGCUGAAACCCAAGCCGGUUUAGGAUGGAGAGCACCCAAAGCCAGGGAGGGAGAAGGAGGGAGAGGAGAGGGGAGGGAGCCGGUCCAAGCCUAGCUUGCGCACCCAGCCAGCGCUGAGCAGUGCCUGUGCCAAGAGCCGGCUUCCUUAAAGCCAUGGGCCCGGGGGCCUGCCCUGCAGGCAGAGGGGAGCCGGCGAGCAGGGGCUGGGAAGCGAGGAGGGGAGCCUUGGGCCCCGGAGGUCACCAUGGACAUAACCUACCUGCGCACAUCCCUGACCUUCCUUUUUCUCCCUCUUGUUGUGUUUGGGGCACCCGCUGAUGAACCCAACCUCACAGAACCAGGCCCUGGUGCUUGCAAGCGCUGUUGUGACUCACUGGACUCUUCCACAGAUACCCCACCAGUCCCUCCCAGCCACCACCACUUUCCCUACCCAGUGCCAGAGGUCCGUCCCUAUAUCAACAUCACCAUUCUGAAGGGAGAGAAAGGAGAUCGGGGAGAGCCUGGGAUGCCAGGGAAAUGGGGCAAAGAAGGACCACGAGGCGAGCGGGGCGCCCAGGGCCAGAAAGGCAGUAAAGGACAGAUGGGCACAGCGGGAGACCCCUGCAAGCAUCAGUACGCUGCGUUCUCCGUCGGUCGCAAGAAAGCGCUGCACAGCAGCGAGGGCUUCCAGGUCUUGAUCUUUGACACCGUCUUUGUCAACCUCUACAGCCACUUCGACAUGUUCAAUGGCAAGUUCUACUGCUCAGUGGGCGGACUUUACUAUUUCAGCCUCAAUGUCCACACCUGGAACUUCAAGGAGACCUACAUGCACAUCAUGCACAACGAAGAAGAGGCGGUCAUCCUGUAUGCCCAACCCAGCGACCGCAGCAUCAUGCAGAGCCAGAGCCUGAUGCUGGAGCUCCAGGAAAAUGAUGAGAUCUGGGUGAGGCUCUACAAGCGGGAGCGGGAGAAUGCCAUUUACAGUGAUGAUGUUGAUGUGUACAUCACCUUCAGCGGGUACUUGGUCAAGCCCAGCAUUGAAUAACUGCCUCUCAUCUUCCUUGGGGCCUCUUAGGCCUUUUCCUUUUUCCUCUCUCUCUCUGUCUCAAUCUUUCUCUCUCUUUACUGCCCGUAACCACUGCAAACCACUUGGAAAUGGGCCUGUCAAAUCUCAGGCACUGAGUGUGAAACUUGUCAUGCUGGCUCCCACCUCACCUUCUCUUGUAGCCAGGCCUGUAUCUGUCCACUUUCCAUCAUGGCACUACCACCUCUUGCCCCUCACCUCAUAACCCCACCUUAGGUUAUUGGCUUCUCAAUCUGCCAGCAAGCUCCCUCUGGCAUUUAGGCUUCUAGAGCAAGAGGAAAGCUAAAAUGCUGCUCCUGGGCCUGUGUCUCUCUCUGGGGCUUCAUACAUAAAGGUCUCCUGUGGAAAGGACUAGAGAGUCCCCACUGCCAAGGUACAUCCUGGCUCCUCUCCAUCCUAACUAGACAUACCAAUUUUGCAGCCUCAAACAAGGUCUUAAUGUCACCUCUGGUAUCUGAAUUCUGGAGAGGGGACUGGGGUCUGAUGGUCUCCUGUAGCACAAGGAAGAUGUAGGAGCACUGAGAGAAGAUAUUGUCUUUCCAAAAAGGGAGCUGUUGGCCUUCUAAACUGGCUUUCCAUGGACAUCCUUCUCUGUCACAGAGUCCAGGCUGAUUGUCAAACCUAGACCUGGUGGGAUUUUCCUCCUCUGUGCCAGCUCUAGCUCUUCAGAGAGAUGAAGGGCCAGACACCUGGCCAGACCCUUCAUGGGCAUCUGCCCAUGAAUCAGUAGAGGCAACCAUUCUGUUCCCACUAGUGAUCGCAGUACAGAAUGAGAGAGAGAGAGAGAGAAAACCUUGAAGCCCCCCUCCCACACCUCCCCUGGGGUGCUACUCAGUCUUGGCUCAUGAGCUGUGGGAAGCUAGUCCAGAGAGCGAACCCAAAUCUGCUCUCCUUUGCAGAGGUGCCAUUUCAUUGUCCUCCUGAAGGUGGUUCUCCCACACUGGUGUUGAAGGACCACUGUUUCAGGGCCUGAGCUCGAGGCUGUAGAGGCAAUUGCAGUUCAGUCAAUUCCAAACCUGAGCAGGCUGUCACUUCUUUGCCUCUGUGGUGGAACAGAGUUAGAGGUGAGACCACAGCACCUUGCCCAAGGGUUAAAAGCUUCCCUGCCGUAUCCUCCAUGCCCUUUUCUGGCAAUCUCAUCAGAGUAACUGAGAAAAGCAUGUGACUAAAACAAACCCUGUCUCUUUUUGUCAGGUUGGAGAUGUCGCAGUGAGAAAGGAAUGCCAGUGGUAGGGUUUUCUAGUACUAUUUAUAUUGGUCUCACCCUGCUCCCACUCACAUUCCUCUGGAGGGGAUGCUGCAGUCCUGGGGGGAGCAGGUGAGGCUGGCUCAGCACUUUAGGAAACCUACUUCCACAUGUUGUGAUGCUCCCACAAACAGCAGUGCCAAGACUUGUCUCUUUUUUGAGUCUCAGGGCAGGACAAGCAGGAGAAAUGCAGGUAUUUCUCCUCUGCUCAUCAUGAUCAUGAAAUCUUCCGACUUAACCGGGUUCUGCUGUCUCAUGAUUAGCCACAGUCUCUGCCUAUAGCACCUGGGACUUCCAGGGCUCUUCCAGACGAGCUGUGCAUCAUUAUACAAGAUUAGGUUUGGUACACACAGACCAGGGUAGUAUAGGAACAGGGACCAAGGCUAAAUAUUAAAACUGACCUUGAAAAAAUGGCAGGGCAUUUUCUCUCUUAUCCUCUUUACUUGCUCUCCAUGCUUUUCUAGGGAAGCUGUACAGACUGUAGUGAGUCUUAGGAAAUUUGCUCUGGAUCCUCCCCACCGCUGUCAAUGAGACAAUGGGUGUAAAAAACAAAGUUUCACUAAGGCGAGGCUGAUUUUUUCACAGGGAAACAUGUGAUGAAGGGAUCAUGGAAACUAAAGGAGACUGUGAGUUUCUUCCUCUCCCUUAGCAGGUGCAGUGUGUGGAAUUGCUCAGAGACGGGAUUUCAGAUAGCAGAGGAAGCAGAAAGCUGCAGGUGAUGCUCAGGACCGAAUCCCUUUCUCUCUUCCCCAACAGGCUGCAAACCCAGAUACAGUCUAUUUACAGUGUAUAGUGCCCCAUGCCUCCCUGAAGAGAAGCAAGCCUCUCUAACACUGAAUAUCCCCAUAAGCAAGCUUCCUUCUUUCUCCUUUCCUAUUUGGUGAUUGAAUGUUGGUGACAGGUCUCCUGUGCUUCCCAUCAGCAGCCAGAGGGUGCCUGAUGCACGUGAGAGGAGGGCAGGGGGGGCAAAGGGUGUGUUUAACAGGCUUCUGGUGCUAAACAAGAUGGCAUUCCCUUGGUGCUAAAUCAGAUUUCAGGAGUAUUGGGUGCUUUCUGGAAAGUGUAGUAGGCUGAGUUGUGAUGUACUCUGGAAUUAAUGGUGCUUUAUGUAACAAAACCAAACAAACUCCAAGAACUUUUGUAUAUAUAUAUUUUUUCAGUGGUAUUAAACUUUUUUCCUUG